AUGCAUCAAAUCCCACGAAGAUAUAUUUGGAACUAUGGAGCAUUACCUCCCACAUGGGAAGACCCCAACUUCAUCCAUCCUGACACUAAAGCGAAAGGUGACAAUGACCCGCUGGGUAUCUGUGAGAUUGGGGAAAGGGUGGGAUAUCCAGGAGAGAUCAGGCAGGUGAAGGUUCUUGGCAUUCUGGCUCUUCUUGAUGGCGAGGAUACGGAUUGGAAGACUAUUGCCAUUGAUAUUAAAGACCCUUUAGCGUCUGAGUUCAAUGACAUCGAAGACAUCGAGGUUCACAUGCCUGGACUUUUCCGCGCAACAAAAGAGUGGUUUCGCAUUUACAAGAUGCCAGAUGGAAAGCCCGCAAACAAGUUUUCUUUUGACGAGGGGUGCAAGAAUAAGGCCUAUGCUACACAAGUUAUCGAGAAAUGCUCUGAUGCUUGGCGUCAACUGAUAUCGACUCACGAAAACGGAAUUGCCGACACGAAUACGACUAUGGGGGAGUCAUCUGGCCAUGUAACCCAUAUUGCCCAGGAUCUAAUUCUUGAUUUACCAACUCAACAACAGUCAUCUCCAGGCUCAAAUGAGAGCUCCAUGGAUAAGUGGUACUUCAUCAAUGAGGCUUAA